UUGUGGUGAGAGUGUUUUCCAGCAGAUAGUUGAGCGUGAUAUCUUACAUGAAAUGGUUAAAAUAGUAAAGAAGAAGCCAGACUUGAAUGUGAGGCAAAAGAUACUAAUCCUAAUUGACACAUGGCAAGAAGCCUUCGGGGGACCUCAGGGGAGAUAUCCUCAAUACUAUGCAGCAUAUAAUGAACUGAAGGCUGCUGGAGUUGAAUUCCCACCUCGAGAAGAGAGCAGUGUACCAUUCUUUACUCCACCCCAGACCCAGCCAAUAAUUUCUCCUGUUACUGAAUACAAUGAUGCUGCUAUUGAGGCCUCUUUACAGUCUGAUGCUUCAGGCCUCAGUGGCUUCAUUGGAUUUCAAAUUGGAAGGAACUUUAUUUGCAGCAGUUUGCAAGAGGUACCUCUCUAUUAUGAUGGGAUUGGGGGCAUACGUUUGUCAUUAAAACUUUCUGACUCUAGCCAAACACCUAUAGAGAUUGGAUUGGAUCUGGAGAAAUUGUUGCAGAAGGUUAUUUUAUUUCAAGUGACCCAAAGGAUGAGGUUCACCAUGUUCCUCUUGGGCCUAGUGCUAUGAAAGUGGGGAUAGAUCUUGUGAGAAAGAAUGAUGCAUUUCUGUGGAGGCCUUCAACAAUUAUGUCUACUAUAGAAGAUGCUAUAGGUAGUAUAAUUGCAUGGCCAGCUGAUAAAGUUAUAAUUAGCUAAGAAAAUGGACUCACAACAAAGACAAGUGCACAAAGGAUGAUGAAUUGAAGGAUGGAGCAAGUUUCG